CGGCGGCGACGCGACGCCCCGAGCGCCCGCCCCGCCGCCGCGGCCGGCAGUCUCCCACUGUAGGUUUUGAGUAGCAGGCGGCUCGUCCCACUGUGAGUCUGCGCUUGGAGCCGUGAACUCCCCUGCUCGAGUCUCUCUGCCCGGUGGGCUUCAGAGCCAUGGCAACGGAGGAGAAGAAGCCAGAGACGGAGGCGGCCAGAGCACAGCCCACCCCUUCCUCCUCGGCCACGCAGAGCAAGCCCACUCCUGUUAAACCAAACUAUGCCCUGAAAUUCACCCUGGCUGGCCACACGAAAGCCGUGUCCUCCGUGAAAUUCAGCCCGAACGGCGAGUGGCUGGCGAGUUCGUCCGCUGAUAAGCUCAUUAAAAUUUGGGGAGCAUAUGACGGAAAGUUUGAGAAAACCAUAUCUGGCCACAAGCUGGGAAUAUCCGAUGUGGCCUGGUCUUCAGAUUCUAAUCUCCUUGUUUCCGCCUCGGAUGAUAAAACCCUAAAGAUAUGGGACGUGAGCUCGGGAAAGUGUCUGAAAACCCUGAAGGGGCACAGUAACUACGUCUUUUGCUGUAACUUCAACCCCCAGUCCAACCUCAUCGUCUCGGGCUCUUUUGAUGAAAGCGUGAGGAUAUGGGACGUGAAAACCGGAAAGUGCCUGAAGACUCUCCCUGCCCACUCGGACCCCGUCUCAGCUGUCCAUUUUAACCGGGAUGGAUCCUUGAUCGUGUCAAACUACGAUGGUCUCUGCCGGAUCUGGGACACCGCCUCGGGCCAGUGCCUGAAGACCCUGAUCGAUGACGACAACCCGCCUGUGUCUUUUGUGAAGUUCUCUCCGAACGGCAAGUACAUCCUGGCUGCGACCCUGGACAACACGCUGAAGCUCUGGGACUACAGCAAAGGGAAGUGCCUGAAGACCUACACCGGCCACAAGAAUGAUAAAUACUGCAUUUUUGCAAAUUUCUCCGUCACUGGUGGGAAGUGGAUCGUGUCUGGUUCCGAGGACAACCUGGUGUACAUUUGGAACCUGCAGACCAAGGAGAUUGUACAGAAACUACAGGGCCACACAGACGUCGUCAUCUCCACGGCCUGCCACCCGACGGAGAACAUCAUCGCCUCGGCGCUGGAGAACGACAAGACCAUUAAGCUCUGGAAGAGUGACUGCUAGGCGCCGCGGGGGCUGGCGGGAAGGCGGCCGGUCGGCGAGCAGCGCGGUGUCUGGAGGGGGCCCCUCCGUCCGGGCCUGGGGGGUCGGGAGGGGCCUGGAUGG